GGCACCACUGCUGUCCCCGGCGCACGGCGUGACGUCAUCACCGAGGGACUCACGAGCAGCCGUUUGUUUUUGGUCAGAAUCGAAAAAUAAAAAACCUUCAUAAUGUGAAUUUCUAACAUUUAUCCACAUAUUUCCAGAGCGGAAGUUCAUGGAUGAGUCUUCCGCCUCCAGAGAGAAUCACCCCAUGUUUCUUCGCCGGGUGAGCUCCUUCAGCUCCUCCUUCCUUCCCCACACUCACUACCGUCCUCUCAGCAGCUCCAGCCUCAGGAGCAGCAGCGCCUCCUUCACCUCCCUCCCCCAAUUUAUCCCCACGCCACAUGCAUGGUGGUCAGUGCGAGCAUUUCCACCCUGGCCUCCGAUACCCCCCCUCGCCCACCCAACGGCACCUCAGGUUUUCCCUGGCAGGACAUUUCAUCCUCAUAACAUCAACGCCAGCGGCAGUUGGCGUUCAUUCCACACCUCUGCCGGCCUCCUGAUGGAGCGGGCGGACAGAGAUCGAGAGCCUCCACAUAAACGGAGGAAGAGUGAAGAGGAGAAGAGGCGCUAUGAAGAAAGAGGAGGACCAAGAGGAGGAGCAGGGGCAACAGGAGGCCGAUUUAAUGACGGAAACCCAAGGAGGGAGCGACAUCACCUGGAUCCCAGCGUGGAGAGCCGCCCUCGACCGAACCAUCACUUUAGAGAGGGAGGUCGGGACAAAGGGAAGAACGGAGCUGGAAAAGGUGCGAGCCGGGAAAACAGCAGAGAUAAAGAUGUUGGAAAGACAAAAACUGGGAAUAGAGACAGUACCGGUCGAGAUGGAGCCGUAAAUCAACAAAGGAGCAGACAUCAACAAGAAGGACAUAAAGAUUCUCGAGCUGCAGCGUUCAGGACUCAGACAAAAACUAAACCUAAACAGGGUGAAGUUCCCACAAACAAACCCAAACCUAACCCCUGGUUCAAAGAGGGAGGUGCAAAGCAGCAGGGAGUCGAUCACAGGAGAACAAGACCCCCAGAGCAACAGCUACGGGACGGAGGUGGAGGUCCUUGGACGAGGCUUCAUUCUCAGCCUUGCAGCAACAGUCGUCCCCCAAACCCGUGGCAGAGAACUGGAGAUCAGACGCAACCUUCUCCACCCGGAACAUCUCCGCCGGUCAGACACCAGGACGCAGCUGCACCAGUGACUUCUCUUCAGAGACACUGGGAGACUUCUCCCGCCUGCAGUACCUCCCCUCAGCCACCAGGGGCCAGCACAGUCUUUGACUUCUCAGUAAUGAGCUACAACAUCCUGUCUCAGGAGCUGCUGCAGGACAACGUCUACCUGUACAGACACUGUGAGCCCGGCGUCCUGCCUUGGGAGUACCGGCUGCCCAACCUGCUGGCAGAGAUCCAGCAGCACGACGCUGACAUUCUGUGUCUGCAAGAAGUCCAGGAGGACCACUAUGAAAACCAGAUCAAACCUGCACUGCAGGGGCUAGGUUACCAGUGUGAGUAUAAGAAGCGGACAGGAAGUAAACCAGACGGAUGUGCCGUCAUCUUCAAAUCAUCCCGCCUCUCCCUCGUCUCCUCCAAUCCCGUUGAGUUCUUCCGCCCCAGCGACGCCCUCCUCGACAGGGACAAUGUGGGAUUGGUUGUGCUCUUGCGACCCAACAAGUGUGAUCCCUCCGGUUUCAUCUGUGUGGCCAACACCCACCUCCUCUACAACCCGCGCCGCGGAGACAUCAAGCUGGCUCAGCUCGCCAUCCUGUUGGCCGAGAUCAGCCGGCUGUCCCGCCUCCCUGAUGGCUCAACCAAUCCGGUGCUGCUCUGCGGGGAUUUCAACUCAACACCCUUGAGUCCGCUCUACGGCUUCCUGACCACCGGCUGCCUGGACUACAGAGGACUCCAGAUCGGCAUGGUGUCUGGUCAGGAGAAAACUCCCAGAGGUCAGCGUCUCCUCACGUCUCCGAUCUGGUCUCAGAGUUUAGGAAUCAACCCCCGGUGUCAGUACGAGAACAAACUCACAGCUGAGUCCUGCCCCGACAGCAUCAGUCCUACAGCUGUGGAAGGAGCCAUCUCUAAUCUGACUGUCGAAGAUCUCGUCAACAAAACUGCUGCUUCUGCUUUUAACAGAGCGAAGAUCGAGCACAGCCUGAAUCUGAAGUCGUCUUAUCAGCACCGCCUGAUGCAUGAUGGGAGACCUGAGAUCACCACCUGUCACUCCCGCACCGCCAUUACUGUGGAUUACAUCCUGUUCACACCCGAAUUCACCGCCUCUCCUUCGUGUCCCGGUGUCCGUGGCCUCGAGCUGCUGGGCAGACUGUCGCUGGUCGGCCAGUCCGAGCUGGAGGAAGUCAACUGCCUCCCCAACCCGCGCCACUCGUCCGACCACCUCCCUCUCCUCGCUCGCUUCCGCUUUCGGCUCUGACCUGAGAAAUCAUCGGAGCAGCCGAUCAGAACUGUUCUCACGACGCGGCGUGAACAAGAGGAAUAAAGUCAAUUUUUCACCAAAAUCACUGUGAAGCGUGUGCUGCACGUGCAGUGUUUGGAUUGGUGAGUUCCUUUUCAAUGCGGAAAUUGUCACGUUCAAGAAGAAAGUUGAUCCAUGCGGUGCCGGAAACUGCAGGAAAACACAACAUGAUGUUUAAGGACAAAAGCUUUUAAAAGCAAAAAUACAAGAAAUUGUUCUGUUUGAAUUUUGUCGAACACUGAUGUUUCUAUUUUCAACAUUUUGAUUGUGGAUCGUCCUCUGGCUUUAAAACAAGUUUUAACUUUACACAGUUCUCAUAGUUGAAGGUUUGAGGUUUUACUUGAGGUUUAAUAUUAUAAAUAAUAUGUGUAGCUAAAGAACAGUCGAAAUUUUUUUCUUUCAUUACGACUAAUAAUUGAUCAACGUUCACAUGGAUUUAUUCACAUAUUUUGAAAAAACAUCACCAACAAUCAUCAGUCAUAUUAAAAAUUACUCACAUUUUGGUUCCAUCACUUCUUUAUUAAAUAUAUAAAUAUAUAUAGUUUUAUCAUUUCAGCUGUAAACAUUAGGUUUAUCGGUUCCAUUAUAUAGAAACAGUGCCACUACAGGAAGCCAGGAAGAAAUUUAUUUAACCUAUUUGCUGUUUUCUGUCAGGAUGUGAAAUUACGAAGGGACAGAUUAAAUUUUUGAAGAUAAACUGCUGCUGGUGAGGAAAGAGACAAAUAACAUGGAUGGAUAUAUUUUUCGAUGUUUUGGGAAGAAACAUUGUUUUCCAGUUUGUAAAUAAAGAAGACGUUUUUCAUAUG